AUGUCUAAGCUCAUUCAGCGAUAUGGAACCCCGGGCUUUGCAGGUUAUUCGUGUGCUUACAGUCCCUUCUAUCCCAACAAGCUUGCCGUGGCUACUGCUGCAAACUUUGGACUAGUCGGCAAUGGAAGACUGCACAUUCUUCACGCGGAUCCGGAUACCGCACUGAAUACGGAAAAGUUAUUCGAUUCUCAGGACGGCUUGUACGACGUUGCGUGGUCAGAAGUUCAUGAGAACCAAUUGGCGACUGCUUCGGGUGAUGGUUCCAUCAAAUUGUGGGAUAUCAUGCUCAACGAACUUCCAAUGCAAUCUUGGCAUGAGCACAAACGAGAAGUGUUUUGCUUGGACUGGAAUAACUUAAAAAAGGAGAUCUUUGCAUCCUCUUCAUGGGACCAUCUUGUCAAAAUCUGGACACCUUCCCGACCCGAUUCAAUCAUGACCAUCCCUGCUCACGAAUCUUGCGUCUAUGCUGCACGCUUUUCGCCAUCAUCGCCCGAUACACUCGCAACGUGUUCUUCGGAUGGUUCUCUGAAGAUCUGGGACACGAGGAUCUCACCAGACAGUCGACCCCCUCUAGCGAUUCCUGCCCAUUCGAACGAGGUCUUAUCUUUGGAUUGGAACAAGUACGCAACUCAUUAUGUGGCAACGGCUUCAGUUGAUCGAACGGUCAAGAUACACGAUAUUCGGAGAGCCAGUGCGGGGUCCACUCACAAUUGCUGUGUAGAAAAUUUGGUCGGUCACCAGUAUGCCAUUCGCAAAGUUGCCUGGUCUCCACACGCAGCCGAUAAAAUUGCUACUUGCGGUUACGACAUGACCGCGCGAGUGUGGAUGAUACCGCAGAUCACCGGCAACGCUCCCUUACCCCGCGCGAUGGGUGAUGUUUCCCCACUAGGAAUUCAUAAUGCUCAUAAGGAAUUCGUUGUUGGGUUAGCCUGGAGUUUCUAUCAUCCCGGUUUGAUUGCGACUGCUAGCUGGGACCAAGAGGUGCAUCUCUGGUCGAUCUGA